AAACAAUGUUGUUUGAGUUCAGAAGGUCGUCACAGCCAGGUGAAAAUGUUUCUACAUCCACUAGCCUGUUGCAUUCAGGCUACAGAAGAUCCGGGCAUUUAGAUGUUAUCAACAAUUGUCAAUACGACAAUAGAAUGAACGUCUGAGAAUUUCUUUUUUUCCGAUAGAGUAAAGGAGAUGAGAAGAAAGUUAGCAGUUUGUUUUUCCAGUGUUCUUGUGCAAGUACAGUUGCAGCACAAGCGUGGCUCGCGCAGGUGACGGUUUUCAAAAACCGAGUAGGCUAGGCAGCACAAAGUCUUUCCUCGUGCUAACGACCGCUCGGCUGGCGCAGGGAUGAACAUGUUUGCGUGCUCACAGCCAGCCGAUAGAGGGUUCAUGAAAACUCUUUCUGCGUUUUUGUUCGCUCUUGUGGGCCACGUGUUCGCUGCCGAGCUCAUUGUGGAACCUAGCUACAGUGCGCACGAUAUCUCGCUGAACAUCACUAGCGCACCACCCAGCGAAACCCUGCAGGUUCUCCUGGUCACAGGUGUUUAUGACUACAGUAGGACAGUGGCAAUACUAGCCACAAGAACAGCCCGAAUUUCCAUCUCCAGUACCGGAUCCGGACCGGUCACACUCGAGUGCUCCACGACCGACUUCAUUCGAAUCGUCGGCGUAGCCAAUGACUACUCGCUUGGAGAUGCUGCGGAUGCGAACCCUAUCAUGAUAAAAUCGUGCCCAUUGCUGUUCAGCACUCCGACUGGCAACCUAUCCCUAACCAAUGUACAUGUGAGUGCAGGCUCCUAUGCCCUGGAUGGCGGCGUGACUGCUGCUAUUGCCAUCUUCAGUGAAUCCGUGCUGGUGGUGGACAUCUCGAUUACAAGCUGCGUGUUCUCCGGGAAUGCCGUCACCCCGCUGCUGGUGGAUGUGCCCGGUUCGUGCGUGCGGAUCAACUCGUGCCGAUUUGAGUACAACAACAUUGUCGUGCAAGACUCUAGCAUGCUGGCCCUGAACAAGUCCAUCCUGCCACUUGUGAUCACUGCUGGCGUGAGCAUAGGCAUGCAUGGGCACUUGGCCGACAACAAUGCGUGUAGUGGCGGUAGCAUGGAGCAGUAUGCUGUGACCAACACGUCCUUCAUGAAUAACACUAUACUAAUGGACAUCACGAACAACACGGCGGUGAGUGACCCGGGGCUUGGACGCCGUCUCAUUGACAGGCUCAACGGCGGGCAGCAGAUGUGCGGUGGGUCCAUUUACGCAUACAUGAGCGGCGAGGCCGGAAACUCCAGCAUCGCUGCGCCGGGACAGGAUACCAUCGCCGGGGCCUUGACCAUCGGUGAAGGAACAUUGUUCCAGAACGGCCGUGUCAACGACUUGUCACCUGUUGUUGCUUCCGGUGGUGCAGUGUGCCUGCACUUUCGCUCCGAUUCAAGCCAAUGGAAGGUGUCGAUGGACGAUGUGAACUUCACGCACAACCAUGCCGAGAGAAGCGGCGCGCUCCACGUUUUGUUCGAUGACACUACCCACUCAAAUGUGCUGGCGUCUCGCAAUGCCACGUUCUAUCGGAACAGAGCGUACCCGCACGAUAAGCACACAUACCACCAAUCCCGCGGCGGUGCAGUAUCGGUGGAUCUCGGCAGGAAUACUAUAAGUAACGACGCCAACUUCACAUACGCCAGGUUCGAUUCAAACGUGGCGUCCGAGGGCGGGGGUAUGCACGUCAACUACCACUCGGCGGAGGAGAAGAACAAGGUUCUGUUGGACGGCUGUGUGUUCAACGAGAACAGUGGAAUUUCUGGUUCCGGUCUUUACGCUGUGUCCUCGCACCAACAGGGCAUGAAGACCAUUCGUGAUGGUGCGGCAAUCUUGAUAGAGAUCCACUGGAGCUCGACUCUGGUCAAAGACUGCGUGUUCACGUCCAACAAGGCGUAUACGUCAGGGGCCCUGGGUGUGAGCUUCGGCCAUGUUGUCCUGCUCGGCUCGAUCACCUUCUACGAUAAUCUGAAUUCGGCUGUGAACCUCGUCAACUCGUAUAUGUACGUGACGAACAAUACGGAGGUGAUGUUCGACAAGAACGUCGGUGGCCUGGGCGGUGGCAUGUUCCUGUCCGACAGCCAGGUGAUUGUGUACGAGAAUGUGCAGAUCUGGUUCAACGGUAACAUUGCGCAGACGACUGGUGGUGGUAUUCACGCCACGAUGCAUACCAGGUCUGUUGGCCUUGUUGCAUCAGAACUGACCCCGCACUGCUUCAUCACCUACCACCAUGUUGGCAUAAGCGUCAGUAACUGGACCUGCUCAAUCUCGUUCCGUGAGAACAUGGCGGGCCAGGCGGGCGCUGGCAUCUUUGCACCGGACUUUACCCCUUGCCUCUUUCUCGCUUCUUACGACGAGCAGCAGGAUAUAGAUUAUCGCUCGAGCAUAACAUUCAAGCAGCGCUGGGAAGAGCAUUUCUUUGACAACGGGACCGGUGGCAAUGUGGUGAACGAUGAACUCACUUUGGGAUCUCCGUACGCGGGACCAUUGGGAGGCAGCAGCAAUGGUAUACCAAGUGUUGACCAUGCUUGGUCUCCGAGAUGGCUACCGACCAUCAGCUACGAAAAGCUGCAGGGUGAUCCCGAUUUCCGCAACCGCAGCAUACCGAAUUCAUUAUCCACCGACGUCGUGGCCGUUACGUGGAACACCACGGAAUCGUGUCCAGAUCCGGCGGAGAUCCUGCCCGAUGGUCUGGUUGUGAUACGGUGUGUGGUGGCGUCUGAUGAGUAUUUCCGCCUCAGGGGCGUUGCUACUGACCAGUUUGGCCAGCCGCGUGAUGCACUGUUCAUGGUGAUUCCUGCAGUGGAUGACGAUGACCUUACCAACAACACACAGAUAAGAACAUCUCCGUACUUGCAGUUCAGAGAUAACUGGACAAGUGACCUGGCAAUAGCAGGAUGGAUUGGCUCAUCGGCUAACUUCUCGCUGUCGGUGGUGGGAACGGCUCGCCUGGUCGUGCACACGCUACACGUGACGUUUGCCAAGUGCAGGCAUGGCUUCUACAGUAUCUACACAAAUAAGCACGUGGUUCCGUACCUGCACCUGUGUGCAUGCGGAAACACGAAGCGGCAUCUUGACGUGCAGCUGUGUGAGAAGAAUCGCUUUGCCUAUCUCUUCAAUGGUCUGUGGGGCGGUGACAACCGGCCGGAUGACUGCAACAACAAUGUCACUGCGCAGAAAUGCCGUGGAUACGCACAGAGCAAGUUUGAAGUCACCAUCUGUCCGGUUGGCUACUGCAAGACAAGCAAGAGUGAUCCAAAUUGCAGCACUUCACUAGAUGGAGUCGGGUGUCUGUACAACUACACGGAUCAGAAUGAGAUCUGUGCCAACAACAGGACUGGCAUCCUGUGUGCCAAAUGUCCACCUGGACACACACGCUCCAUCACGGUAGAGAGCGGUAAAUGCACUGAGUGCACUGACAAUGACCUGUACAGGAUCAUACCGUUUGUUCUCGUUGUCCCUAUCAUCGUGUUCUUCAUCCUGUUUCUGAAUGUGCCCUUGUCCAACGAUCUGAGGGGUCUGUUCUUUGCCGCCGCCGUUACACGCUCUCUGAUUUGCCCCGAGGAUGAGGCCUUGCUUUCCCAUGGCUGGUUUAGCUCUAUAAUGACAAUGGGAGAAGUUGCCUGGCCUGGAAGUAGCUGUAUCAUCUCCGGCCUGUCGUCACUGCAAGCCAUUGCACUGGGAUAUGCUGCUCCGAUUGGUGCUAUCUUUGUUAUGGGUCUCUUACACCUGCUGACCAAGUACUGCAAACCACUGCAUAACUGGGUUGGGAGAACGGAUCAAAACACUCUGAAACAUGGCACAUGGCUAGUCAUCUUCUUCACGUUUCAGAAAGUUGCACAGACCAGCAUCAAGUUUUUCAUCUGCGUGCCGCUGUUUGGAGAGUGGCGAUUCUUCUAUGAGGCUGACCAGAAGUGCUUCAGCAGCAUGCCGCACGUCUCCUACUUUGUCGUGGCGCUUCUGUGCAUCUUCAUCCUGGUCGUGGUGAUGGUCGUAUGCUUCUGUUUUGCCAAGGGCUGGAACAUUCUCUGCAUCAAGGCAGAUCUGUUUGUUGGGUCCAUUCUGCGCCGUGGCCUGGAGGAUCGCUACUGCUGGUGGGCCGUGUGGGAUCUCCUGCGGCGCAUGAUGAUCUUCUUUGGGACUAUGCUGGUGGUGAAGGGCUGCGAAGCCAGGCAGAUCUACAUGCUGUGCGUCACUCUGCUCAUCUUUGCCGUGCAUCUUGCUGCAAAGCCGUACGUUACGCCGAGAGAGUACGAUGACCGCUUCCGCCUGGUCACGUGGUCAACCCCGUUCUUUUUGAGAUCGGGUGAGAGCUGUAACAGGCUGGAGGGCGUUGUCCUCUUCAACAUGGUUGUGAUGACCGGCUUCUCGCUGUUGUACCGGCAUCUUGUCAGCGGCACAAAGUGGAUCCUCAUCGGGCUGGCCGUCUGGCCAUUGAUCAUUUUCGCCUUGCUCGUACUCUACAAGUUGAUGGCCCUACUCGUCCUGCGCUUCAACUUUUUGAAAUGCCGCGUCCUACUAUGCAUAUUCAAGCCGAAAUCCGACCAUGAAGAACACACGCUGGUCAAUAGUGUGCACGGUGACCUUGAACUGGAUGGUGCGGCAUCUCCACCGAGGAAGGCCCUACGUGAUGGCAUGCUGGCCAUGCCGCUGCUUGAUGGCUCUUCACACUCCCACUACUCAACCAUGCCAGACUUGGAUGAACAUCAUGCAUGAACAGGCUCUUCACACUCAGUCCCACUACUCAACCAUGCCAGACUUGGAUGAACACCACUCGUGAACAUUCACACUCCUGUCACUCAACCAUGCCAAAACUGGAUGUGCAAGUGGCGCUAACCUCUAUUCUGGCACACACUGGUACUAUCCCGUCAGACCUUGCACUAGACUUGUACAUGUAGUAGGCAAGGUACGUUCGGGCCUGAUUGGAAAUUUUUAUUUCCAUUGCUAUCGGGUUCGGCCUCAUUUCCUCUGUGCUGCGCUGACGAGUCCACAAAGGACGAAACAGUUCUGUCCGCAGAUUGAGUAUUAGUGUAUACUAUAUAGCCUGUAUAGGAACAUCACAAUCCCAGAUAUCCGCUUAUCACCACUUGAACAUAAUACUGCGAAGCGACUGCAUUGUAUUGUGAGGUUGAGUUUACCCCACAAUUUCACAAUUUCCAUUCCAUAGAACAGAACAUCAAAUUUUCUAUUGAGUCAAAUUUACUAUAAUUAAGAGCUGGCCGCCUAUUUUCUUCUUCAUAUUUUGAGAUGUUGUGCUCAUCAGCUUUUCAAGUACGAACCCUCAAUUUUUUUCCACAAUGGACAUUUUGACAGAUUGUA